AAACAAAAGCAUAAACAACAACACUCUGCUCCUGCCUUGGCCUCUGCCUCUAGAUUGUUCGGUUCACUCGGCAACUUGUAAAAACCUUGCUUCAAAUUCAAAACAAAAAAAAUGGUGGUUCCUGAAGGCUGUGGGGAUGAUGGUGGUAGGUCUCGUCUGCCAGUGUCAUCAGCAAUCCAGUUGCCAAAACCCAGCACUGGUUUAGAAGAAGCAGAGAAUGAGUUGAAUAAAGCCACAGAAGAAGUGGCUCCGGCGAAGGAAGAGCAAAAGGCAGUGACUUUCGAAGGUGGUAAUUGUGAUCGGUCGUCUUCUUCGUCUUCAUCCCCUGCUUUGCCAAAACCAGCCAAGGAACUGUUCCGUAUUAAAGAAGAAAACACAGAUGAUGUUGAUGUUGAUGGGGGAGAUGAUGGCAACUUUAAUGGUGGUGAUGGUGGUAUUUUUGGGUCAUUUUCUUCUUCAUCCAUGGCGUUGCCUAAACCCAUGGAGGGUUUGCACAAGGCUGGACCACCACCCUUCUUGAAGAAGACUUUUCAAAUGGUGGAUGACCCAGAAACCAAUUCGGUUGUUUCAUGGAGUGCAGCUGCUCAGAGCUUCAUUGUUUGGGACUCUUACGAGUUCUCCAGGACUCUCUUGCCCAAAUACUUCAAGCACAACAAUUUCUCAAGCUUCAUCCGCCAACUCAACACUUACGGCUUCAAGAAGGUUGAUCCGGACCGGUGGGAGUUUGCAAAUGAAGGGUUUCAGGGAGGGAAGAAGCACUUGCUGAAGAACAUCAAGAGAAGAAUCAGAUAUAACAAGCAGCCAACUGUAGGCUCUGUUGAUUCAACCAAAACUGGGUUAGAAGCCGAAAUUGAAAGUUUAAAGAAAGACCAAGACUUUUUGAAAUUGGAAAUCAUGAAUCUCAGACAACAACAAAAGUACUCACAGCAUCAACUGACCGCUGUUGAACAACGAAUUCGAAAUUCGGAGUGUAAGAACCAAAGGAUGCUCUUUUUCCUCACCAAAACAGGCACAAAUCCCACCAUUGUCCAGCAGCUAAUGCAGAAGAGAGUGAUAAAGAGAGAGCUGGAUGGGAGUGAUCUACGCAAGAGAAGGACAUUGCCUUCAGUCCAAGUCCUUGAAAGCCUGCGUGAUUGGAUUGAUACCAGCCUCAGUGUGGAUUGUAGAAGCCAACAUGAGGAAGAACUGGGGCCCAUGCUGUCUGUGCAUGCUGAACAAGUGGCAGAGGCAAAGGUUGCCAAACAAAAUGAAACCCCAUUGCCAGCUCCCAUGGUUGAUAAAUCAGGCAAUGCAGUUCAAGAUCUUAAGCUCCAUGUGAUGGCCGGAACCGGCACGGAAGACAUGCCCACUGCUUAUCAUGGCAUGUCUGAGAAUUUCCUGGAGGAAAAUGUAGUCUUUGAUGAUGAUGAAUUUGAAGUCGAUGACUCUAAUUUUUAUCAAGAAUUGGAGGAUUUGAUUGGCAAGCCACAUGAUUGGAGUGGUUAUGUAAGUCACUGCCUGAUGGAGCAAGCUGGGGCAAUUGGGGCCAUGCCUUGAUUUCACAGUUGCAGAGACCUGAGAAUGAAGAUGCAACAGCAGAUGAAUGAAGAACUCCUUAGCCUAUGGGGUAAUCUAGUGUAGUUGUCCAUGUAACUUUCUGUGUACUUUUCUGCCCUAAACCCUUGUCUUUUUAUACCUAAAUUGUAAAUAUCUCUUCCUCUCUGCUGCUCAACUGAUACUGCUGCACAGCUUGGUUUAGCAGAUGAA